GAAAUAAUAGAGAAGGGAGAAGAGGCAUUCGUGCCUAGCCCAGUCUCUGAGGAUGAACUAUCUACACCUUUGACCAAGAUUAACAGCAACUUUACCGUGACUCAACAAUGAUGGUGCCAAAGAUGGAAUGUUUGUCUUCAAACUUAACACAGAGACGUCUUGUCUUACUUCUGUCUCUCCUGCUUCAUCUUAACCCUUCGCUGGCAUAUUCGCUGAAAAACUGCAAUAUCGAGUAUUCUCAGGAUCCCUUAGCUGAUGUAGUUUUGGACUGUGUACAACGUAAACUUAUGACUGUCCCAGAUGACAUCCCCAGAGAUGUGAGCUCAGUAAAACUCUAUAACAAUCUGAUUCAACAGAUCAACAGGAAAGACUUUGGCAACUUGUCAAAGCUGAGAUUUUUGCACCUGGACUCUAAUUACAUUGCUCACAUUGACGAUGAAUCUUUCAUCCAUUUGACGUCCUUGACAAUGCUUCACAUGCCCUUCAACAAACUCACCAAGCUAACAGGCAGCCUCUUUCGGGGACUGUCCAACCUGACCAUGCUUGACCUCAGUCUAAAUGAAAUUCAGUUCAUCCAUAAAUCGGCCUUUAGCUUCCUGUCCAGCUUACAAACUGUGAUAUUAUGCAACAACAAGCUCCAACAAGUAGCUGACAUUCAGCCCAUCCUACAGCUACCACACCUACAGAAGCUGGUCAUCAGUAGCAAUCUAUUUACCUCCUUUCAUACCAAAGAUCUGCUGCUGAAUGUGCCCUCAGGCCUUCAGUUGUUAGAUAUUUCCAACAAUGUUAAGUUGGAAAACUUCAGCAUCACAACACCGAUCUUUCCCCACCUUGAGAUGAUUGACUUUUCUGCAUGUGGCGAACACACUGGCUUGAAUUGGGACAUACCUGACAAGAGUUUACUGAGGAACAUAACUCAGUUGUAUUUUAAAUCGGCUCUGAUUCCUUUUACAGACUUUAAAAAAGUCCUGGAGAGUCUCGACUCACUGAUGCAUCUGAGACUGAAUUAUAUGGAGAAAUGGAUCAAGAAAGGUCUGUUAGCUACGGUCUGCAAAAUACCAACACUUAGGAGGCUGGAGCUGUACUACAACCAUGAUGCCAAUUUAAGUGCCAAACUUGUGACUUGUUCUCAGCUAAGUGACCUUGACCUGUCCAUUACUCACAUGACUGAACUGUCAAACGGCUCAAUACGAUCGAUGCAGCAACUCAGGUCUCUGAAUCUGGAGGUUAACCUCCUCACCAAUGUGCCAGAUGAAAUCAGGAGCCUCUCCUCCCUCACGAUCCUGAAUCUGAGCGACAAUCUCCUCUCCACAUUGGGCUGCGAGGAUUUCAUGAACAUGAAACAUCUCACACAUCUUGAUCUGAGCAUGAACCGCAUUGCUACACUGGACGGAUGUGCAUUUGAAAAUCUUAAUGAUCUAAAGGUUUUAGAUUUGAGUGACAACCUGCUUUGGACAUUCGGAGAUGCCUUCAAAACUGGCCCGCCGAUGCUCGAGUUCCUGGAUUUGAGCAAAAACUUUGUAUCUCUUCUUGAGAAGGGGGAUUUUCAAGGUUUAGGGUCCCUGACAUAUUUGGAUGUGGUGUCAAAGAAAAUUGGAAGGGUAAAACAUAAGGCCUUCGAAGGACUGACGAACUUGGGAAAUCUUAGAGUAUCUCUUCCACUGGAGUAUGAAAACAAUUUCAGAGAAUUGCAGCAGUUGGAAAAUCUCACAGUCUACUUCAAUAUUGAUGGCAUUUUCAAAAGUCCUCUUGAAAAUGAUCACAAAUCAUUCUAUCAUUUAAAGUCUUUGAAAGUUUUCACAAUGAUAUGUGAGGGCUAUCACUUCGGCUUCCCCUUUGAUAUACCUAUGGACAUGUUUCAGGCUAUGAAACAUUUGGAGGGCUUCACAGCUAACAAUGUCUAUAUUGCUGCACCAGAUCGGAACACAUUUCAGUACAACCCCCAGCUCAAGAAUCUAACAAUCAGGGACACUGAUUUGUCAGAUUUGGACCCAGAAUUGUUUCUGCCAAUCCCAAACCUGCAGGUGCUUGAUCUCUCUUACAGUAAACUCAGUUCUUUGGAUUUUCUGGCCCAGGCCGAUCUAUCUGAACUAAGGCACUUGACGCUGACCAACAAUGAGUUGACAGUGAUCAAUGAGAUGGUCUUCCAGUACCUCCCUGCACUGAUAUAUCUGGACCUAGAUAAUAACCCAUUCACUUGUGACUGCUCUAAUGCUGGAUUCAUCCAAUGGAUGAAGAGUAACAACCAAACUCAGGUCGUUAAUACCUACAACUACAUGUGUUCCUUUCCUGUGGCUGAACAAGGAAACAAGUUACUGGACUUUGACAUUCAAUCCUGUUGGAUGGACUACGGCUUCCUCUGCUUCAUUACGAGUAUUUGUCUGGUUGUUCUAACUCUGCUUUCAUCCUUCAUCUACGACUUUCUGCGAUGGCAGCUAGCCUACACCUUCCACCUCUUCCUGGACUUCCUCUAUGAUAGCAGGAAGAGGCGGAAGGGCGCUCCUCAUCGCUACGACGCCUUCAUCUCCUACAACGUUCACGACAAGGACUGGGUUUACAGAGAGAUGCUCCCAGUGCUGGAAGGGGAGCAGGGCUGGACACUCUGUCUGCACCACAGAGACUUCCAACCAGGUAAGCCCAUCAUAGAGAACAUCACAGACGCCAUUUACAGCAGCAGGAAGACCAUCUGUGUGAUCACCCGGCGCUAUCUGCAGAGCGAGUGGUGCUCCAGAGAGAUACAGAUGGCCAGCUUCCGUCUGUUUGACGAGAAGAAGGACGUGUUGAUCCUGCUGUUCCUGGAGGAGAUCCCGGCUCGGCAGCUGUCUCCCUACUACCGCAUGAGGAAGCUGGUGAAGAGACGCACCUACCUGAGCUGGCCUCAGGCCGGCCAGCACAUGGGGGUCUUCUGGCAGAACGUACGGAGAGCUCUGGAGGCAGGAGACGCUCCCACCGAGACCACAGACCCGCUGACUGGACCUGCAGGAUGCUGAGAGCUGUACUGGAG